GCGCCGCUCGAGAGGCGGACGAAGUUGCGAAACUCCCGAGUAGGAGGGAGCUACUCUGCAAAGCCUGCUGAAAAAAAACACGCAAAAUAACCUUAAAAAAGAAGAAAAAAAAAUCAGGAAACCGAAUCCUCCGACGUCUGCAUGUACUGGAAUACCUUUUUUUUGUAAUAACUUCAAUGUGAAGAAAGUAUUUAUACUUCUUUUUUUCUAUUUGCACUAACUAACGGUACUUCAGAGAAUCUACUACUGAGAAUCUUUAUUUUUUACUAAAAAUAGAAAGACAUUAUCACACCCUGUUGAAGGACGCCACUUCCCCCCCAUCAAAAAACCAGCACUUUUGAUUUAUCGACCCGUUUUCAUCCGCCUCCCGCGUCGCCAAAAAAACGCCCCCAAAAAAAACCGACGAGGACGGACGACAUCCCGGUGGAAGCGUUCAAGGUCAACCAAUCAAACUUCAGCAGUCAGCUAUGCAGCUUGAAAUCCAAGUAGCUCUCAACUUCAUCAUCUCGUACCUGUACAACAAGCUGCCGCGGCGGCGGGUCAACAUCUUCGGCGAGGAGCUGGAGCGGCAGCUGAAGCAGAAGUACGAGGGACACUGGUACCCCGACAAGCCAUACAAGGGCUCGGGAUUCAGGUGCAUCCACGUGGGGGAGAAGGUGGACCCCGUGGUGGAGAAGGCGGCCAAGGAGAGCGGCCUUGACAUCGAGGACGUCCGCAACAACCUGCCCCAGGACCUGAGCGUGUGGAUCGACCCCUUCGAGGUGUCCUACCAGAUCGGGGAGAAGGGCCCGGUCAAGGUGCUGUACGUCGACGACAGCAACGAAAGCGGAGCUGCUAGCGUCGGACUCGAUCUGGACAAGGAGAUCAGGAACAGCUUCAACCCGGACGCGCAGGUCUUCAUGCCCAUCAGCGAGCCGGCCAACGGCGCCUCCCCCGGCUCCAGCUCGCCCUCGCCCCCCUUCGGCCACUCCACGACGGUCAGCCCCACCUUCAUGCCCCGCUCCACGCAGCCUUUGACCUUCACGACGGCCACCUUCGCCGCCACCAAGUUCGGCUCCACUAAGAUGAAGAGCAGUGGACGCAGCAACAACGCCAACGGCGGCAACGGCGGCGCCGCCACCGGCGCCGGCAGCAGCGCCGGGAACAAGGUGGCGCGUACCUCUCCCACCAACCUGGGCCUGAAUGUGAACAGCCUCCUCAAACAGAAAGCCAUCUCCACCUCCAUGCACUCUCUGUACGGGCUGGGCCUCGGCGCUCAGCAGCAGCAGCAGCAGCAGCAGCACCAGAAGCCCUCGGCCCUGUCCCCCAACGCCAAGGAGUUCGUGUUCCCCAGCCUGCAGGGCCAGGGCAGCCAGAGCGCCCUGUUCCCCGGGGACAGCUCCUCGCUCAGCCUCAGCCCGCUGCAGUACAGCAAUGCCUUCGAUAUGUUUGCGGCCUACGGUGGCCUUAACGACAAGUCCCUCAUGGACGGCUUGAAUUUCAGCUUAAACAACAUGCAGUAUUCUAACCAGCAAUUCCAGCCAGUUAUGGCCAACUAGUACACGUACAAGGUACAAACUUAAGCUACUACUAUUACUUCACACAGAAACGACCAGAGAUAAUGUGAUAGGGGGGAAACAAACACAUGCACAUUUAAAACAAAAAAAAAGUUAUGUUAAAAAAAAAAUGUAAACAAGAAUGUCAAGGAUUUAAAAAAAAAAAAAAAAAAGAAAGUGACUUGUCAAGUGUUAAGAUCUACGAGUCCAAGAGCAUGAGCCCGAGGGUGAAUUACUUUGCCCCCUUGAGUUAUUCUUUUUCUUUCUUUCUUUCUUUCUUUCUUUCUUUUCUUUCUUUCUUUCUUAAAACAAUGAAGCUUGUAGUACAAGAUGUCCAAGCUUGGUUACCUAAAACUUCAACAUGCAUCAUUGUUAUUUCUUUUGCCAACCAAGCACAAAAUACUUUUUUUUUUUUUUUUUUUAUGUGACUGUUUUAAUAUAUAUAUAUUAAAAUAUAUAUAUAUAUAUAUAUAAAAAAAGGACAAAAAAAACAAAACACACCACAAGUCAUGGCCUCUUUCAGUAUUUAAACAUAAAACUGGACAUCGCCAAUUUUCUUCCAGAGAUUGGCACAAAUAAGUGGUAUUUCCUGGUCUUUUUCUAAUUGUAUAAUUUAAUUUAGUACAGAGUUUGUAAAAUAUCAGAGUAUCUAUUGUUUCUACGACAUGGUAUUGCAUUUAUAUCUUUUUACUACUCCAGUGAUCUGUGAUGGCUGCAGCGACUUUAUGUUUUCUUUUUUUAUUGAAAUGAUAAAUCCAUCUUUGAAGAGAAAAAAAAUAAAAUAAAAAAAAUAAAAAAUCUAAAGAUUGUGUACAGAAAUAUUCCGUAGUGGUGGGAUUUAAAGAAUAUUUGCUUUUUUUGAGAAACAUAAGAGUUGUAUUUUCUGUUAAGAGUUUAAAGAUUUUUGCUAUAUUAUGGACAAAAUGUAAUCGUAUAUUAAUUUUGUACCUACAUUGUGCAAUACUUGAUAAAAAAAAAACAAAACGGUAUAACAAAGUAUUCGGAGUCAGUGUCUUACAUGUUAAGAGGGACUGAUAGUUUAUUAAGUUUGUAUUAAAAAGCUUGAAAAUA